GCUGGAUUGGCGGCUGCCGCCCUCUGGAUGGUCUGGCCCCAGACUGUGCGCCAGGCCCUGGGUCUCCGAGCGCAGAGCCUCGGCUGGGCAUCCGCGCGCAGGGAGGGGCGCAGCAUCCUCAUCUUCGGGUGCACGGGCGGCCGAGAAGAGGAGGCUUAGGGGGUGCCGGGUCCCUGCCGCUCAAACCGGCUGCUGAGCUCCAAAGGUGAACCAAGAUGGCUGAGAGGAUGUGACCCACGCCUGCCUCCCGAGUGUCACCACCAUGCAGAAGCCCAGUGGUCUCAAGCCCCCUGGCCGAGGGGGGAAGCAUUCCAGCCCUGUGGGCCGGCCGUCCACCGGCUCCUCGUCCUCCUCAGUGGCGGCAGUGGCCAGCGGCUCCAAGGAAGGGUCUCCCCUGCACAAGCAGGCAUCAGGGCCCACCUCCACGGGUUCUGCCAUCGCUCCCGAGAAGCCCGGCCCGAGGGCAGCUGAAGUUGGCGAUGACUUCCUGGGGGACUUUGUGGUGGGCGAGAGGGUGUGGGUGAACGGCGUGAAGCCGGGCGUGGUGCAGUACCUGGGUGAGACGCAGUUUGCACCGGGCCAGUGGGCCGGCGUGGUCUUGGAUGAUCCGGUGGGCAAGAACGAUGGUGCCGUGGGUGGCGUGCGUUACUUCGAGUGUCCAGCCCUACAGGGCAUCUUCACAAGGCCCUCCAAGCUGACCCGGCAGCCCACAGCCGAGGGGUCGGGCAGUGAUGCCCACUCGGUUGAAUCCCUCACUGCCCAGAACCUAUCCCUGCAUUCAGGCACGGCCACACCCCCACUCACCAGUCGAGUCGUCCCUUUGCGGGAAAGCGUCCUCAACAGCUCUGUCAAGACGGGCAAUGAGUCAGGCUCCAACCUGUCGGACAGCGGUUCUGUAAAGCGAGGUGACAAGGAUCUGCGCCUGGGAGACCGCGUGCUGGUUGGUGGGACGAAGACUGGCGUGGUGCGGUACGUGGGAGAGACGGACUUCGCCAAAGGCGAGUGGUGUGGUGUGGAGCUGGACGAACCCCUUGGGAAGAAUGACGGGGCGGUGGCCGGCACCAGGUACUUCCAGUGCCCCCCCAAGUUUGGCCUCUUCGCACCCAUCCACAAAGUCAUCCGCAUUGGCUUCCCAUCCACCAGCCUGGCCAAGGCCAAGAAGACCAAGCGAAUGGCCAUGGGCGUCUCGGCGCUGACCCACAGCCCCAGCAGCUCUUCCGUCAGCUCUGUGAGCUCUGUGGCCUCCUCUGUUGGGGGCCGGCCAAGCCGCAGUGGCCUGCUCACGGAGACCUCUUCGCGCUAUGCCCGCAAGAUCUCGGGCACCACGGCCCUCCAGGAGGCGCUGAAGGAGAAGCAGCAGCACAUUGAACAGCUGCUGGCCGAGAGGGACCUGGAGCGGGCCGAGGUGGCCAAGGCCACCAGCCACAUCUGCGAGGUGGAGAAGGAGAUCGCCCUGCUGAAGGCGCAGCAUGAGCAGUAUGUUGCAGAGGCAGAGGAGAAGCUGCAGCGGGCGCGGCUGCUGGUGGAGAACGUGCGGAAGGAGAAGGUGGACCUGUGCAACCAGCUGGAGGAGGAGAGGAGGAAGGUGGAGGAUCUGCAGUUCCGGGUAGAAGAAGAAUCCAUCACCAAAGGAGACUUGGAGACCCAGACUCAGCUGGAGCAUGCGCGCAUCGGGGAGCUGGAGCAGAGCCUGUUACGGGAGAAGGCGCAGGCCGAGCGGCUGCUCAGAGAAUUAGCCGAUAACAGGCUGUCCACGGUGGCCGAGAAGUCACGGGUCCUGCAGCUGGAAGAGGAGCUCACCCUGAAACGCGGCGAGAUCGAAGAACUUCAGCAGUGCCUGCUGCACUCGGGCCCCCCGCCCCCCGACCACCCCGAGGCCGCCGAGACCCUGCGGCUCCGAGAGCGUCUUCUGUCGGCCAGCAGGGAGCACGAGCGCGACAGCAGCCUGCUCCGGGAGAAGUACGAGGCGGCCCUGAAGGCCUACCAGGCCGAGGUGGACAAGCUCCGCGCCGCCAACGACAGGUACGCGCAGGAGGUGGCCGACCUCAAAGCCAAGGUCCAGCAGGCCACCAGCGAGAACAUGGGGCUGAUGGACAACUGGAAGUCGAAACUGGACUCUUUGGCUUCUGACCACCAGAAGUCCCUGGAGGACCUCAAGGCCACGCUGAACUCGGGCCCUGGGGCCCAGCAGAAGGAGAUCGGGGAGCUUAAGGCACUCCUGGAAGGCAUCAAGAUGGAGCACCAGCUGGAGCUGGGCAACCUGCAAGCCAAGCACGACCUGGAGACGGCCAUGCACGGGAAGGAGAAGGAGGGCCUGCGGCAGAAGCUGCAGGAGACCCAGGACGAACUGGCCGGCCUGCAGCAGCACUGGCGGGCCCAGCUGGAGGCGCAGGCCAGCCAGCACCGGCUGGAGCUGCAGGAAGCCCAGGACCAGUGCCGCGACGCCCAGCUGCGCGUGCAGGAGCUGGGGGGACUCGACGUCGAGUACCGCGGACAGGCUCAGGCCAUCGAGUUCCUCAAGGAGCAGAUCUCACUGGCUGAGAAGAAGAUGCUGGACUAUGAGCUCUUACAGCGGGCCGAGGCCCAGAGCAGGCAGGAGGCUGAGCUACUCCGCGAGAAGCUUCUGGUUGCCGAGAACAGACUCCAGGCGGUUGAAUCCUUGUGUUCUGCCCAGCAUGGCCACGUGAUCGACUCCAGUGAUAUUUCUGAGGAAACAAUCCGGAUGAAGGAGACCAUAGAGGGCCUGCAGGACAAGCUCAACAAGAGGGACAAAGAGGUGGCAGCCUUGGCGUCCCAGACCGAGACGCUCAGGGCCCAAGUAAGUGUCCUGGAGAACAAGUGUAAGUUGGGAGAGAAGAAGGUGGACUCCCUUCUGAAGGAGAAGAGACGUCUGGAGGUGGGGCUGGAGACUGUGUCACGGAAGACCCAUGAUGCCUCAGGCCAGCUGGUCCACAUCAGCCAAGAACUGCUGAGGAAGGAACGGAGUCUGAACGAGCUACGGGUGCUGCUGUUAGAGGCCAAUCGCCACUCCCCAGGGCCUGAGAGGGACCUGAGCCGCGAGGUGCACAAGGCCGAAUGGCGGAUGAAAGAGCAGAAACUCAAGGAGGACAUCCGGGGCCUGCGUGAAAAGCUGACGGGGCUGGAUAAGGAGACGUCGCUGUCGGAGCAGCGGCGGCACUCCCUCAUCGACCCGGCCUCUGCCCCGGAGCUGCUCCGGCUGCAGCAUCAGCUGGCCAGCACCGAAGACGCGCUACGGGACGCCCUGGACCAGGCUCAGCAGGUGGAGAGACUCGUGGAGGCCCUAAGGGGAUGCUCGGACCGGGCCCAGACCAUCGGUAGUUCCGGUUCUGCCAACAGUAUCCACCAGCCGGAUAAAGCCCACAAACAGGAGGACAAACACUGACCCUGAGGGACACCAUUGAGUGGCCAGUUCACACCAGAGCCCUGCCACGCUGCCCCGGCAGCAAGCCAGGAGUGUCCCUUUGGAGACAAGACUGUGUUUGUAACCAUAAUGUCCUCACGCCGUGGACAAUCUUCACCCAAACGCCCUGCCGGACCAGGAGGCUCCCACAGAAAGCGGUACAGCAAGGCUUGGCCCAAGGACUCUCUCUUGGGCAGUCCCAGAACCUUCUGGAAUUGAUUUGUGGAGGUUGAGGUGAUCCCGUUGGGCCUUUCUUCCUCCAACGGCUGCCCUGCCUGAGGUCUGUCUGGGUGUCCUGGGCACUUCCCUUCCCCCUUGUCCUUCUGAAGUCCUCAGGACCCCCACAGGCCUCUGAGGGGCAGAGCAGGGCUCAGCCUCUCUUGUGGGCACACUGUCCAAGGACAGGUGCGGUUGGUUUUCAAGAGCCCUGUGGAAGCUCAUCUGCGGUAUAAUCCAAGUGAAGGCAGUCCUGGGGGCGUCUCACCCCACAUGCCAACUUUCCUUUGCACAGUAGUACAAGGUCCCAGGGGCCUCUCUGACCAGGGAGGGGCCAGGCCCAAGGACUCAGGGGACAGGGUCCCUCUUCCCCGACACCAGGCUACCAUGCUUACACACCUCCCAGCUGAGGUGCAGCCAGCCUCGGCAGACAACGCUGCAGUAUUAGUGGAGCUCACAAAGCCUCUCUCUCUCCGUCCCACCACGACCUUGAGCCAGUCCUGACUUAGAGACUGCAGCCAAUGUUUUCAGCAAACACGAGCUGUUUCUGGGAGGGGUGAGGAGAAGGGGGAGAAUCAAACUGGCUCUCUGUGUUUGUUGCAAGCCCAGAGGGCCCUGCCCCCACGAAGCCACUCGCAGCUCCUAGCUCCCAGCUCCGCCUGUGACCAGAGAGGGUGGCCUCGAGCCCCCCUGGAGCUGGAUUGCUUUAUACAAGUCCUGGAACCCUCCCGUGUGGCCUCUCUGCAAGCACGAUGAGCGGCCAGUAGGGGGCGCUCGUGCUCUUACCAAUCCGGAGGGAGGGAGUUAGCCCAUUGGGGGCCUCCUGCCAACUCCCUGUUGGUAUUAGGUAGUCCUCGCAACGUGGUUUUUAUUUAUUAACAGCCUAGAAUCGAUGCUUUAGCAGUCUAACCCAGAGAUGAAUACUGCUCUUGUUCCAGCAAAGUCGGGCAACCUCGUGCCACGCACAGACAGGAGGUACUUGUCAAAUCUUAACAGCCAAAGGCCCCACAAGGAACCAGGAGGGCCUGAGCACCCCUAGCCCCGAGGCUCGGGGAGGGUGGCCUUGCCUGUGGCAGGUGUGUGUGCAAGAAGCCAUUCCCCUACAAGAGCGUUGGCAUUCGUAGGCCUCUCGGCCUGCCCGGUGUGGCUGCCAAGGUGUGGCUCAGUGACGUCCCUUUUCCAAGCCCCUACCCUCUCUCCCUCCCUCUCGAUGGAAUUGUGGAAGUGUGGCUAGUCCCUCAUAUGGACAAUAAAGCUUGUGACAGGUGCAGGA